AUGAGUGGAGCAGGUCCAAUUAUCCUAUGGUAUGAGAUUGUGGGCGUAGUGAUCGAAGUGGGUGGCAAGGUGAAAAAGUUAAAAGUUGGAGACAAAGUUGGUUGGCUAGGCCAUGUAGCUGUGAAGUUUGCUAAAGCUUUUGGAGCCAAGGUGAUAGUGAUUAGUACAUCCCCUAACAAGAAGGAAGCUAUUGAGCAUCUGAGUGCUGAUUCAUUUUUGGUCAGUCAAGACCAAGAUCAAAUGCAGCUAACUGGGAGUAUGGAUGUGAUAGGGAAGAAGAUAGUGGCUGGGAGUACCAUUGGAGGGAUGAAGGAGACACAAGAAAUGGUUGAUUUUGCAUCAAAACACAACAUAAGAGCAGACGUUGAGGUUAUACCAAUGGACUACGUAAAGACUGCCAUGGAUCCUCUUGAGAAAGCUGAUGUUAGGUACCGAUUCGUGAUUGACGUUGGAAACACCUUGAAAGUAGCCAUGUAA